GUGGUGGGAAGUGGUGGUUCACGUUGCGAACCGAGUGCCGUUCGCAGUCCCACACGCUACAGUCCACGCUCUGCGUGCGCAAGCACCCAGCGUAUCUGUCGGCAGACAGACGGGCAAGAUAAGACGAAGAGGAGGAGGAGGAAGGUGGAGGAUGUGGUGACAGGCCUGUGUUGUACCGUGGUCCGCCCGUGUUCGAAUUGCCCAGCAUGGGUUGGUUGAGUGGGUGAGCAGCUAGCGUGGAGCGGACGAGGAGGGUGGUGGUGGUGGAGGAGGAGGUCAACGAGGAGAGUGGUGGCGUGGUGGGUUAGAGAGGGUUUAGAAGAGGUGAAAGGGGGAGCCCUGUUCUGUACCACUCGAAUGAGUGCGCGUUGAGUCGGUGUGGAGCAAGCAGGGGGUGGCUCCGGUCUCUUGCCGAGAGGAGAGGGCACACGGAACGCGUCCUGACCGACGUCUCCAUCCUGAGAUCUCGACGAGAGCUGUGACUUUGAAGCCAGAAGAAGCGAUGUACCGAGCCUCGGCACUCAGCCUGUACCGGGCGUGGGAGAGCUUCAAUGAGGCACGAUCUGCUGACGAUGCCGAGGAGAGGGAGGCCCGGCUCGACAAGUUCCUGGCUUUGCUCCACCAUUACCGCUGGAAAGGAAACCUUUGUCUUUUCGAGCUGGAAAAAAUCUGCCCGGCCAUGAAUGCAGGCGCCUGUAAUGUGCUGGCACGGGAGCUACUCACGGACAUCCACCAACUGUGCCGCAACCUGGCGGAGCAGAGCACCUCCUCGCUGGGCGGCUCCGCACCCGUCACCAGCGGCACAGUCUCGGGGCCCCAAGACAGGCGGGUGCCGGGCAGUGGCGACGGUGACGGUGACGGUGAUGACGAUGAUGGAGGAAACGGUGAUGGAGAUGAAGACGAGGAGGAGGAGGUGGAGGAUGACGAGGAGGAGGAGCGGCGGCAAGAGCAGCAGCGGCGGGAGAGCGGACACGUGACGGCGCUGGCGGAUUACCUGCUCGCUGGCCGCGGGUUCACUUUGCUGCUCACACUCGACUCGCUGCUUAAUCAGGAACUGGCCUGCCGAGAAGAUCUGCUGAAUCUGUUGCUCUCCCUGCUGCCUCUGCUGUGGAAAAUUCCAGUGCGAGAAGAGCAAGCACGUGCUUACCAUCUUCCACCCCUCGGUGAAAAUCUCUUUUCCGCGAGCAGCAGCCAGGCCUCCUCACAGCCGCAGCCCAGCCCUAGCCGCAAAGGCACGGCCUUCCCCCUCUCGGGCAGGUACAACUGCAGCGGUGGCAGCGCCGGCCGGAAGCACCGAAGGCACCGCAAGGGAGGGCCUGGGCAUGAAGCUCGAGACAAGGCCCAGGCGCCGCACGCCUCCACCGACUCCGAGCUGAGCUCCAGCGAGCGCCCCACCGCUGCCGCCACAUUGCUCGCCAACUGGAGGCAAGUGGCCCCCAACCGGUCCCUGGCAUCAACCGGCCUCUUCACGUCCGAGGACUUCAGCCCGCCCAAGCCCGGAGGGUCGUACCCGUUGCCUCUGGGCGAGUCCCUGGAGAGGUUCGGGUGCGGCGGCGCCGCCAUGGAGGAGCAGGCCACUCGCCUAGCGGACGUGGAGGCGCACGUGCAGCCGAGCAUCGAGACCGAGGUUCAGAGGCUUCCGGUGUGCGAGCUGGACGUCGUGAAUGCCAACGACCCAUCCGGCCUCGUGCUAGGCCUGGGUCGGGACGCUCACGUUGCCGACGGGACGCCCUUUGAGCUGUGCCGGGUGCUGCUCUCCCUGCUGGGGAAGCUGUGCGAGGCGGAGCUGGCGUCGGCGACGCGGGGCCAAGCGUCCGUGUGUACGGUGCUGCCCUCCCUCCUGCGCUUCCUGUCGGCCCUCGGGGGCGGCGACAGGAAUUCUGAAACGGGCGUCAUGGCCGCCGGGUGGACCGGCGAGACGGUGGCCUUCGUGCAGCGCAUGCUGCUUCACGCCGUGCUGCGACUGCUGACCGCGACGAACGCCGCGCUGCACGGAGAAGCCGACGGCAUGCCAGACGCGCUGCGCACCGCGGCGCUCGACCUUCUCAACGCUGCCCGUCUUGCAAAAUUGGGCCUAGAGCGACCCAGGGCAGAGCCCUUUGCCCCCAGGCUGAAGCGGACUUUAAAAGAGGUUCAGCAGCAGGAGGAAGAGGAGAAGCUGGCCCUUUACAAGUGCCUUGAGCCACAAGAUGACUCUAAAAGUAGAUACCAUUGGUUGCUUCUCCUGCCGGAGCUUAUCCAUGCGACCCUGCAACUUAUGCUGCGGUACGUACAAGCAGCCGGUUCUAAUCCCUUUCUGCUGAAUCAGGCAGUGGAUUUGAUUCAGGAGUUCGUCAAGCAGCAGGGGUUUGAUCUCCUGCAGGAAUCUCUGGUUGACCUGGAGGCACUUGUGUCAUCUGUCGCGACGCAACAGCAGCAACGGCAACACCACCUGUUGCUCCCGUCACCGUCGCUGCCGAUGGGCGCGCUGGAGGUUCGAGAUGCCCGGGUCUACAUCCGAAUCCUCGUAGAUGAUAUCACUGAGGUUAUUAGCGCCCUAAAGAAGGCUCGAGUGGAGCAAGUAUACCCGGCCAGUGGCCAUCGGAAACGCCACCACCAUCAGCCAUUCCACCACCGAGCGUGCCCGCAGCCUAGCUGCCCCCAGGAGCACCAUCACAGCGACCUGAGCGGCCUGCCCAUGUGUGCCUUCACCCCCAGCCGAAUGCCGCUCAACCCAUUUGAAGAACAAGACGACGAGGGCAGGGAGGAUGCCGCGAGCCUCGGGGCGACGGGCAAGACGACGGACGGACUAUGUUGCGUGGCCAUAUUUAGCGCCCGCUGCCUGGCGAUGCUGGAGUCUGUGCAAACAUCUGAAUUUGCGCUGCGUCUCCUGUCCGGCACAAGCGGGGCGGGUGUCUGCUGUUGCCUGGACCUGCACGCGGCCCUGAGGCCCAUCCUGCGCAGCCUCUGGUCACCCGUCGGCGCCGGCAGCAAGGCGUACCAGCAGUACGCGCUCGCCGUGCUGGGGAAGCUGCUGCUGGAUCAGCUGGGGGGCAACCACCAGGGCAACGUGGACGGCAAGCCCAAACCCUCGACGGCGUGCCAGAUCUGCGAGUCCGCCGACGACGACGGUAGCGGCCUGGAUUCGGCGGCGCAGAGCGGUGGCAGCAGUCCGUCGUCCGCCCACGCCGUCGACCGGCCGCGUCGCUGGGAGGCGCUGGCGGCCUACCGGGGCCCCGUGCUCGGCGAGGCCGGGCCCAGCGCCGCCCUGCUGGUGGCUAGGCACCUCUGCCAUCUGGCGCGGCGGGGCGGUCCGGAGCUGCGGCGGCAGCUGUACGUGCACGUGCUGUCGCCCGCUAUCCGGCAGGGUGUGGAGGCGACGCAGCACGCCCGGCAGCUGGGGCUCGGCGGGGAGGCGGCGGCCGGUGGGUGCGUGCACGCGUGCCACCUGCACGCCCGAUGCCCCUCUCCGCAGCUCAUAAGGAAGUGCCUGGAAGCCGUGCCCGUUCUGUUGCAGCACAGGUCGCUGCUGGAGCUGUUUCUUGUCAGCGACGGCCUCUCCCAGGUCACGGAGCUGCUCUUCCUGGAGGAGGUCAGGCCGGCCGCUCUUGCCGUCUUCCACACUCUCAUUCUGGCCCUGGAGGGCCAGGGCCCCGAGGAGGCCGAGGGGCCCGAGCCCGUGCAGAGGAGCAGCGAGGCCUCGCAGCGAGACGCCGCCAACUCCGCUCACUUGGCUCCCGACUCCCCGCAGUCCGACGAGGCGGGGGCGGGCUCGCGCAGGAGGCUGAGCCGACUCUGCGCCGGCCUGCGGGAUGGCCACGUCACCCCGAUGAGACGAAAAAAGAGUCACGGAGACGGCAGCCCCGAGUUCCAUCACAACAAUCACCACCAACAUCAGCACCACCACAAUCAGCAUCAUCAUCAGCAGCGAGCCGCAGACCUUUUCCUGUGCGUGACUCUGCUGAGCGUGACGAGGGACGAGGGCGGGGAGGACUCCACCGACCGGGACUCGGAGGACACCUCGGGCUACGACAGCACGCCGUGCGUCUGCGUGGGCGAGCGCUACGGAGCCUCGUCCCUGCCCCGACUCUCGCCCGAUUGCGCCGCGCUGCCGACCUCCGACGGCGAGGUGCGCUUGGCGGCGGACGUUUGGGCGUCGUGCCGACGCUUGUGCCAGGCCAGCCUGGCUUUUCGAGGCCGUCUGGCCCGCAGCGGGGCGCUGCAGGUGUGCCGCCGGCUCGCGGCGAUCAUCAUCAAAGACCUCUCGCCCUCCCCCGGUGCUCCCCGGCAAGACGGGCUGGCGGGACGGAGGCCCAAGGCCGCCCCCGCAGCCGAAGACAACGACGCCGGGGCUUCAGCCGCCCUCCCGCGAACGCAAUCCAACACGUCGUCGGACUUUUCCAGCACUGAGCAGCUGACGACGGAGGUACACGUCGCUGCCGCCGCGCUCUCAGAAUCGAGUGAGACCAUCACCCAGCAAGAGCCCGCCGAUGGCGAGCAGACCCUCCGCGCGGAGAGCUGCGACGGGAGCUCGCAGCGGCCUCCCGACGACGAUGGCGACGACGCGGAUGCCCCGGACGCGGAGGUCACUCCGACGUCGGAAGCGGGCGACGGGUGGCCCGCGUCGUGUAGGAGCUCCAGCAUCGGCACGAGUAAAUCCGAGAGCGUGGGACAGAGGCUGGACGGGCACGCGGCCAGAGCGGCCGACGGGCACGCGGCGCCGGAUGUAAAACGGGAAGCGACGAGCAACAACGAGGAAGGACGCUGGUGUGCGUGCGAAACGGAGAGGACGGAUAGGCCGGAUAGGCCCGAGCUGGUGAAGAUCAGGCUUCUGGAAGCCCUGCUGGCUGUCUGCCUACAUGGCUGCACGCUCACGGGCAGCCAACAGAGGGACAAUGACCUUCCUGGGCAGGGCUUUUCGACGAAGGAUCUCCUCAAGGAGCUGUGGGGCCUGCUGGCGGAGAGCGGGCUGCUGGCCACGGAGCUGGCGCGGCCGCUGUGCGAGGCCUUGCUCCGUGUGGCCCUCACGGGAGGCCCUCCGGAUGACGUCCUGCUCGAUUUCGACGACAAAAAGCGCGCGGACGAGGAGCUGUUCCCCCUCGAUGGCGAGUGGAGCGCCGACCCGUUUGACGACCCCGAGGAGGUCAAGGGAAUGCAGCCGGAGCACUCGCCGGGGGGCGGCUGCAGCGGAGAGGAGGGCGGCUAUGAAGCGGACAGUGAGAGUAACCCGGAUGACAACACAGAGGAAGGCAGCAAGGACGAGUCGGCCCCUCGUUUGGCCCCGGGACCGGCCUUUCCUUUGGGCAUGGAUGGAGGGCCAGCGGCCUGCGCCAGCCCUCAGCCCCUGCCGGGCCAGCUGGCCUACCCGGAGCUGUGCGUGCUGGUGCUGAAGCUGCUCGCGGCUGCUCCUCUCGAGCUCUCUGUGGCCACCCGCGUGUUCCGCACCCUGCUGGAGAUUGCCCGUGGCGGCGAGCAGAACCGCGUCGCGCUUUACCAGCAGGGAGUGGUCAAGACUCUUCUGAUAGGAUUCACAGCAUUGCUUGGCCAAGCAGAUCCGGCUAUGAGAGAGUGUCAGACGGCGCUGGUGGACCUGUUGGUGGCCAUGACGACGAGCCACAUGUCCUCCGAGGAGCUCACCCUGCUGCUGCGCCUCUUCUCGGAGCAACGCCCGCCCACGGAGCUGCUGCUCAGCGGGUUGUCACAGGUGGUGCAGGCGAACACGCAGGCGGUGCCGUCGCACUUCCUCAGCUUCCCGACGGCACAGGGCGGCGGCGCCGCGCUCCACGCCAUGGCCCGCGUGGCCACGGCCGGCGUGAAGGCCCGGGCCGCCAGCCCCGUGCAGAGGGCCUUCCAGGAGUUCCUCCGGUGCACGCGGCCCGACCCGUCCCGCAAGGACGACGGCGGCGGAGGCGGCAGCGGCGGCGCCGGCCCCCGCGGCCCGGCAUCGCCCUGGGUCAUCUCCUCCGUCCGGCUGGCGCUGCCGGCAGAGCACCAGGCGUGGGGUCAGCAGCACACGGGCCGCCCGGCGGGGUUCAGCGCCUCCCUGUGGCUCAGGGUCGGCUGGGGCCCUGGGGGAGAGGACAACGGCGCUGCCGCGGCCGGAGGGGCCGGCGAACGUGUCCGCAGGUAAAAGAACCGUCUCCUCGUGUUCCGUGACAGCAGCAUCGACAGCCCUGAGGGAGAGCGGGUGGUGGUCAUCGACUACCCCAACCCCCACAAGGCGGGCGACCGGAUGGUGGACGAGGGCCUGCUGCACCUGCUGUCCUUCGGCUCGCGCUCGCUCAUGCUGCAGGUGUGGGCCGAGCCAGACGCCGGCCUGCUCACGUUCAGGGUGGUGGUCGACGCAGGCGAUGGUAAGAAGGUCGACUUGCUGGCGCAGGCAGAGACGGCGGAAGACGUGCUGGCGCUUGGCCAGUGGCAGCACUUGGCACUGUCCUACCAGCAGCGUCCCGAGGGGAAGAGGAACGCCCACGGCAGGCUGGCCGUCUGGAUCGACGGGUGCAGGGUUUCCGAGAUGGCCUUGGACUUUGUGGUUCCGCCCGCACGCAAGCCCACCAGCCCGGCUGACGCUCAGCGCUUGCACUGCCUUCUGGGCCACAGCGUGGGCAGCCAGGAGGAGGCCGAGCGUCUUCUUGGCUCAUGGAGCCUGGGAAACCUCAUGGUGUUUUACGAUGCCAUCCUCACGCCGGAGUUCGCCUUCCACCUUUUUGCGUGCGGACCGGACACGCGCAGCAUCCUGCCGUGCAAGCAGCGCUCGCCCGCUCCCGUCUACAGCAAGUAUGUCACCCUGGCCAUGCUCGAGGGAGGCAAUCUCAAGGACCUGCUCGCCUGCAGCUCCGAGUUCAACCUCAGCCCGCUUGUGAUGAACCUGUGCCUCACCUACUGCCCGAGCCACCCGACGCGCUACACGGUGUACGACUUCCCCGCGCCCACGCAGUCCCGCGUUCCCGGCAGGGCCCCGCCGCCGGCCAAGGCCCCGUCCCCGCGUGACAUCAAGCUCGUUCCUGACGGCCCAGAGGUGCUGAGGGCCCCACAGCCCUCGAGCCACCGAGGCCUGCAGAGCAGCGUCUACAAGAUCGGCGGCACGAGUGCCUUCAUCUUCCUGUUCGCGAGGGUGGUCGAGCUGAGCGAGAGUGAAGCUACGCAGGCCAAGGCGCUGGAGGUGGCGCUCAGCCUGGCGCGCCGCCACCAGAAGCGCGUGCAGGAGAUGUCCGACUGCCACGGCUACGCCAUGAUCUACGAGGUUCUCACGAAGAAGCGCUGCCUCGUGGGCUUCCACACUCUCAAGGUGCUGCUGGAGGCGUGCUGUGACGGCGUGGUCCUGCGCUGGAGCCGUGAGCGCAGCCGCUUCGAGCUGGAGCGCGAGUCGGACGCCGUGAUCCAGGAUGUGGAGCUGCUGGCCAGCCUGCUGCUCGCCUGGAACGUGUGGAUACGAGCACCGGCUGGUGUGUGGGAGACCCUCCUCACUGCCCUAGAGAUCCUCAUCCGGCCCAACCACCCAGCGCAGAUGUUCAACAUCCAGCAGCUGCUGCGCGCCAGGGUGGUGGAUCAGCUUCUGCUUACCUGCCAGGUUCUGCAGGAGAACCGGAGUGAGGGCAGCGCCAGCCUGCCGCUGGCCGUGAGCCACUCGUUUGUCAAGAUCAUCGGCGAGGUGCUGGGCUCGCCCCCCGACGCGGCGCUGCUGGCGUCCGUGUGCCGCUUCCUGUUGGCCGUGCACCCGCCGGACGCCACCUACGUGUGCCACGCCAGCGUCGGCUUCUACUUUACGCUGCGAGCCAAUGGCAGGGCGCUGGACGAACGCAUCUCGGCAAUCUCCGCCCUGCGCAGGGACCAGGCGCAGAGCUCGACUCCGAUCAUGAGCCCAGCCACAGUCCCCGGCACCACUUUCCCUUUCCACCCCGCUACAGUCCCGCCAGCAAGCAGAGGGUCUCCGCGAGACUCUGUUGAUCUGGUGGAUGCUCAGCCCGACGUGGGCCGGGUCCAGCCGGCCUCAUCCGGCGGCGGCGGCGGCUCCCCUAGGCUGCGGAGGCAGCGUGCGAUGCGCCAGCGCGAGGCAAGCCUGGACGAACUCCGCGAAGUUUCGGAGCACGAGUCCGACACGCCAAGCGCCACCGUCCUCCGAGAGAGCCGCUCCACACGGAUGCGCGCCCGCCGAGCCAGCGGCGGCAGCGGCAGCAUCGUGAACUCAGGCGGCUCGGCACGCCCAAAGGCCGGCGCCGAUCCGGGCCCGACGACUGAACGCGGCGGCGAUGCCGGCUUACCAAGCGAUCGAGCCGGGCUCCGCGGCACCGUGGAAGAAAACUUGCCAGACCGAGAUUGCGUGAAGGCGGCCUGCGGCGCAGCCGGCGUGGAUCAAAGUGCCGGCCCGGCAGUUACCGGGCUUGACAACUGCGCAACCGUAGGAAUCUCGGCCGGCCGUGAAUGCCAUUCCGAGAUUUUAAAACGCAAGUGUGGCGUUGGCCGUCGGGUCGCAGACACCGAAAGCAGCCUCAGCCCGAGCAGCAGCAGCAGCAGCAACGUGAGCGAACACGUCCGCGGGUCGUUGGCCACGGCGGACGCUUUUGCGGCGGCGCAACAAAGAAGUCGGCAUGAGCACCAACCCGUCGGCGAGGCCGCGGUCCCGGCGCCCGACGCGCGCGUGUUUCGCCGCUCCAACACAAACGAGUUUUCUGCAGAGGGCACCGUGGACGAGAGCAGCGGGGGCCCGUCCGAGCAGGAGGGGAUGGGGGAGCAGACGGUCUCCGACGGUGGCCGCGUGCCCCGGCUGCAGAGGAUGAUGAGCAGGCACUGGGACCUGGGACUCGCUUUCCCUGGGAGUGGCGCGGGGCUGGGCAGCAGCAAGGGCGUGUGGAAAUCGUCGACGUCGCUGGGCGAGUGGGAUACAGUGUCCGGCGCCACCACGGCCUCUGGGAGCACCUUGAGUUUGGGCAGCCCAAUGCAACACUGUUCUGUCCCGGAGGACGGGCUGAUGCUGGUGUGCUGCGGCCUCUACCACCUGCUGCAGGGAGUGCUGCUCAACCUGCCCGACUCCAUGCUGCCGCUCGUCACCGAGCAGCUGCUCACGGCCGAGACGCUGCUCGUGCUGGCCAAUCACCGCUCGCCCCUGCAGCGCCUCGCCGUCGUCAAGCUGCUGGACGUUUAUUUCCAGCGCGUCUCAGACGAUCAGAAGGCGGCGUUCGUGAAGAUGCACGGCCUCUACCUGCUGGCCAACCAGCUGCACCAGCGGGCGGCCACGCACGGCCUCGCCGAGGCGCUCCUCUCCAUGCUUCUUGCCUGCCCCUCCGCUCUCGACGAAGAGCUGGAGCUGCAGGCGGUGCGCGAGUGCCCGUCGUUCCAGCGCCGCUGGGGGGUGCCCCUGCUGGCGCUGGCCGAGAGCUCCCUGCACGACACGCCGCUCGCGCACAACCUGCUGUGCGCCCUGCUGCAGCUCUUCGGGGCGUGCACGCGCCUGGCCGACGUGCUGCUGGACAGCGGCCUCCUCUCCACGCUCUGCAACAUCGUGGCGCUGCUCACGGGCAUCGCCGAGGGCGGCCUGGCGCAGUGGGAGUGCCGCCUGCUCCUGGGAGACGUGCAGCAGCUGCUCGUGGCGGCCACGAUCCACGCGUGCAGCACGGGCGGAGGCCAGUACCUGCGCCUCCUCGACGACCUGGUGGUGCUGCUCAACUGCCUGCAGGGCUCAGCCAACCCACGCACCCAGGGCGUGGCUGUGGCGCUGCAGUUCAGGGUUCUGCAGGCGGCCGUGGACCUGGUUCGCUCCGUCGCCGACACCGAGAGCCAGGGCAUGACCAGCUCCUUCGUGCUCCCCAGCGCUCCCCACCACGCGCUGCAGCAGAAGCGCCGCAGCAUCGCAGGAACCUCGGUGGUGCGAGAUUCCAUCAUACCGCGGCAACCCCGGCAGCGCCUCGCCCCCUUUGCCUUCCCUACGGGGUCGCCUCCGCUCGGCCGGCCCGACGCCUCGCUGCUGUGCACCCUGGGACAUGACGCGGGCGCCGGAGCGUCGAUGGCGCCGCAGUCGGACACGCUGCUGCUGAUGCGCAUGCGCAGCGUGGCGAGCGACGAGCUGUCGCGCCUCGUGCAGCGCCGCAUGAGCCAGGACAACUCCCUGCGCGCGCCCGAGGCCGAGCUCAUCCAGCGCCUGCAGCGCGUCACCGUCAUGGCCGUCAACCGCAUCCUCUUCCAAGACCCCGUUCACGAUGAGGUGGAGUUCGCCGACCUCCCCAUGACCCCGUCAGCUGGUCAGCCGCCUUCGAUACACUGCGGCUCCCCCUUGUCGGACGAAGAGGACAGGGCGGAGUGGCCCAUGGCUGUCAGCACGCGCCUGGCCUUCCAGCGACAGAUCUUCCACAUGAUGCUCGAUGGUCUCAAGAUCGCAGUCGAGUGCGGGAAGAGCAACGCUCCGCGACAGCAGUGGCGGCGCAUCCUCUGGGCGUGUCGCGAGACGUUCCGCGCGCAGCUCGGCCGCCUGCUGGUGCACGUGCUGUCACCGCUGCGGUCCCCCGCCGAGCGCCGCCUUGGCCUGGAGGUUGUGGCGGAGCCCAACUGCAAGGAGAUUCUGCGCGAGACGCUCAGCAGCCCGCCGCAGCACGGGCCCAAGCUGGCGCUCUACGUGUCCGAGCUGCUGCGGGAGCAGGGGCGGGAGGGGCGUACACUGGGACGCAAGGAGCAGCGAGCGGCCGAGGUGCUGCUCAACCUGCUGCGGCAGUGCGGGUACAAGAGCGUGCCGCCCGGAGCGCCGCCCAAGGCCGACGUGGUCGAGGCCGUGCGCGAGGAGCGCGAAAAGUUUCAGAAGGAGGAGGAGUCGAACCGAGAGGCUUGGGUGCGCCGCAUGACGACCAACGGGCAGGCGCUGCUGGGACGCAUCGAGACCCGCGCGAGGUCUGUGUCGCGCGUGGCGGCGGAGGUGACGCAGCGCGUGGCCGGAAGGCAGGGCUUGGAGCGCAAGAAGGUGAUCGCUCACAUCCGCGAGGCCUACAAGGCGGAGCUCAGUGCUCAGCGCUGCUGGCAAACGCUCUUCCGCCAGCUCACGCACGAGAGGGCAGUGUGGUUCGAUCCCGUGGCGUGUCCCUCCUCCUGGCAACUGGACCCCACCGAGGGCCCCAACCGCGAACGACGCCGGCUGCAGCGCUGCCACAUCACCAUCCCCAACAAGUACCUGCUCAAGGACCGCUGGACCAGCGCAGCUGACGCCAUCAAGUUGCCGCUGUCAUUCCUCUUUGAUGACAAGAGCAGCUCAUCGGGCUCGUCGGCGGUCAAGGACAAGGCAACGAGCGAGCCCACCAAAUUUACUCGGCGGUGCAUCAGCGUGGUGCCCUCUAGAGAGACCCCCGGGGAACUGCUUCUCGGAGAGACUGGAAUGUACUUUGUGGAGGACAGCACUGGAGAUGCAACUGAGACUCCGAGCUGUGUGGGUGAGGCCGAGGCUCUGUCCUUCUCCUGGACCUACGAGGACAUCAAGGAGGUGCACCUGCGCUGGUGGCAACUCCGUGACAACGCCCUGGAGGUCUUCCUCACCAAUGGUCGAACUCUCCUGCUCACCUUUGAUUCCACCAAGGUGCGCGACCAGGUCUACCAAACGAUCCUGAGCUCCGAUCUCCCCAACCUGCUCGAGUACGGCAACCUGUCGGCCCUCACGCAGCUGUGGUGCGCCGGGCAGAUCACAAACUUCGAGUACCUGACGCACCUCAACAAGCACGCGGGCCGCUCCUUCAACGACCUCAUGCAGUACCCGGUGUUCCCCUUCGUGCUGCGCGACUACGCGAGCGAAACGCUCGACCUCGCCGACCCCAAGGUCUAUCGAAACCUGGUGAAGCCUAUAGCUGUCCAAUGUAAGGAAAAAGAGGACCGGUACAUUAACAAUUAUAAGUGGCUGGAGGAGGAAUACCGCAAGGGUGGACGGGAAGACGACCCCAUGCCCCCCGUGCAGCCGUACCACUACGGCUCGCACUACUCCAACAGCGGCACGGUGCUGCACUUCCUCGUGCGCCUGCCGCCCUUCACCAAGAUGUUCCUCGCAUACCAGGACCAGAGCUUCGACAUUCCCGACCGCACGUUCCACUCCAUGGUGACCACGUGGCGUCUGUCGUCCUACGAGUCGACGACGGACGUCAAGGAGCUGGUGCCCGAGUUCUUCUACCUGCCCGAGUUCCUGGCCAACCGCGAAGGAUUUGAUUUUGGGCUGCGGCAAAACGGCGACCGCGUGAACCACGUGACGCUGCCGCUGUGGGCGCGCGGCGAUCCGCGUCUCUUCGUGCUGCUGCAGCGGCAGGCACUCGAGUCGGAGAACGUGUCGCUGUCGCUCUGCCACUGGAUCGACCUCGUCUUCGGACACAAGCAGAAGGGCAAGGCGGCCGUGCAGGCCAUCAACGUCUUCCACCCCGCCACUUACUUCGGCAUGGACGUGUCAGCGGUUGAGGACCCCGUGCAACGCCGUGCGCUCGAGACCAUGAUCAAGACGUACGGACAGACGCCGCGCCAGCUCUUCUCGUCGCAGCAUCCCACGCGCGGAGCGCCGCGCUCGCCCGUGGAGGCCGACAUCACCUCCGCCAUGGGCAUGCUGGUGCAGCUGGCCUUCCGCGAGACGCGCGAGACGCGCGAUCACGCGAGGGAAACCGUCGCGCCGUCUCCGUUGCCGUGGAUCAAGGGUCUGCGCUGGGGCGAGUACGUGGGCUCCCCGAGCUGCCCGGACCCCAUGGUGUGCUUCAGCCAGCCGCACCCCGGCCAGCGCUUCGGCUCGCUGCUGGCCCUGCCGACACGCGUCGUCUGUGGCCUGGCGCCCAACUUCUGCCUCAUGAUGACGUACAGCAAAGAGCAAGGCGUUCGCAGCAUGCACAACACGGACAUCCACUGGUCGGCCAUCUUGAGUUGGGGCUAUGCAGACAACAUCCUCCGUCUGAAGAGCAAACAGACCGAGCCUCCAGUCAGCUUCAUACAAUGCGACGCGGCUGAUCAAGUGUCAAGUUGUGCGUGGGUCCCGGACGGCUGCCAGCUGUUCACAGGGAACCAGGAGGGAGUGGUGACUGCCUACGUCACUCGCUUCAGUGCAGCCACGCCGUCGGAGCUGGAAGUGGAGUCGUGUGUGCACCUAUACGGCCACACGGACGCCGUGGCGCUGCUGCACGUGUGCAAGCCGUACAGCGUCCUCGUGAGCGCCAGCAUCGAUGGCACCUGCAUCAUCUGGGACCUCAACAGGCUGUGCUACGUCCAGAGCCUGACCGGACACAAGAGUCCUGUCAUGGCCGUGUCGGCGAGCGAAACGACCGGCGACAUCGCCACGGCCUGCAGCUCCGUCGGGGGUGGCAGUGACCUGCGGCUCUGGACGGUGAAUGGUGACCUGAUCGGCCACGUUCACUCUCCGGAGAUGGUUCGCUCGUUGGCGUUCUCAAACCAGCCGGAGGGCACGUCUGUCAACGUGAUUGCCGGAGGCCUCGAAACGGGAGUCGUCAGACUUUGGAGCACUUGGGAUUUGAAACCAGUUCGGGAAAUUGCAUACCCCAAGUCUGGCCUAGCUGUUAUCAGCCUGACAUUCUCGUGCGAUGGGCUACACCUCUUCACAGUGGACAGCGAGGGCAAAGUGGUCGCCUGGUGUCGCAGGGACCAUGCCCGUUCAAAGCCGCCCCUCUUCUACUCGUUCCUGGGAAGCUUCUCAGCAUAGCGGCCCACCGCCCGUUUCUUAAGAAUAUAUCAAGUAACGAAAAAAAAAAGUGCCAAGCCUGUGGGGACAUGAUUUCUAUCUUAUAUUCUCAUUGAUGUUCCAGGGAUCCACCAUCUGACGACUGUAAAAAAAACGUUCUUUGAUGCCAUUGACGGAUACACGCACUUACCUUCAUGCUGCUCGACAAGAUGUUCCAGCCGCGUGUGCUCCAUGCAAGUUGAAUUUGAAAUUAGAACCACAGGCGUUGUGGUUCGGAAUUACUGCAAGGGGAGAGAAGUGUGUACCCUGUCGAUGCCAUCUGGGGCAAUUAAUUUCGCCAACAUCGCGAGAAGCAUGGCCUCUGACUUAUUCUUGUGAUGAAAUACACUGCUCAAGCAGGGCAAGCCUGGGCUGGUCUUUAUGCGUUAUUUUUAUAUUCCACAGCCGAUUAUGUCACAUGGCGUUACGAGCAUUCAUCCAUUUUGAACAAAACAAGUUUUGAUGUUUAAUGUAACUUAUCAACAAUCAAUUUGAGUGUGGACGCUUACCCUCAACAUGUCCUUGACUGUAACCAACUCCACCCAGAUUUGAAAUGCAAACGUGCUUUGCUAAAAGGGUGCGCAUGUGAAAAUAUAUGAAGUCUUUGAGCUUGGAGAGAUAAAAGCACUUCCAAACGAAAAUGUUUACUGCCUUUUGCUGCCAACACGUGACACACCAAAUGUAGAGGAGGUCAAAGAGUAAUGACGUAUCACCGUUGUGGACAGUCACAAAGUCUACGUUCAAGGAACAACAUUGCUGGAUUAUUAUUAGCUUCAACUCUGACUGGUUACAUCUGGUAUGCCUAGAAUUCACGUAUCCUCUUUGUUGCGUUAUGUCCAACAUGCAAAUGGCCGGCUGCAGUCCCCUUACGACUGAAGAGUUUGCUUUGAACGGAAUGCUGUGUUUGCCGCGCUCCUUUUAUACGUUUUAUACUGCCUGGCACGCUGCAAUAUCAAAACUCGUUUACGCCUAGCACUUGCAUAUCUGAGGAACACAACAACAAAACUACAUUUUUGGGUCCUAACCCAUUGGUUUCACUUCAUAGACACAUCAUGACAAAAUGUGAUAUGUCCACGUAGUAUUAACAUUUUGGUAUGUAAUCGUUUACCUUCAACGCGAAAUGUUAUCUACUUCACUUCCACAAACCUCACGUCCUUUUAAACAGAAACAAGGAUUCAUCUGUUUCGAGCUCAUGAAUACAUUUAAAACCUUUGCUCUAAUUAUAAUUUAAAGAAAAGUACAUCCUCAGAAAUGUUCCCCCUAAUUUCACUAAAGGCAGUGCUAGUUGCUGAAAAACGAAAAUACUGCAGUACUGUAACUCGAUCAAAGUUUCGUGCUUUGUUUUAUUGAUUAAUUGCUCACGUUAAUUUAGCGGGGUAGAAAGCUGCAGAUUUUGAUCCAAAGGUUGCCGGCUUAAAUUAAAAGCUCUGUACAUUUUUAUCUGUACAAGACACUCGGAGUUGUAAAGCCCUCCUGAAAGAGUCAUGGGACUCGACAAUGGCUUUUGCUGGAAGACUCAAAGACAGCGGCAGCAAUGAAGGCUCAAUGCAUGUGUACUCGUAUGACUGUAGUCUAUAACAAAGCGAAUGAAAGACAAGGACGACAAAUGAUUUGUGUACAUUGACCUCCGUUUACUUUAUAAUUUACCUUCUUACUAUGCAGUGCAUGUAGCAAAAUGGACAUGGCAUGUACAAUUAUGCAUUGUUGUUAUCUGCGUGUAUUUAUGUUCGUGUGUACGAUUGGCGAGGUGGGGAAGCUGCUCCCGUUUAUUUUCGUCGCCGUCGUCAUCGACGUGAAAGUUGUCCUUGGCGAUGCUGUUUCUUCGUUGUUUUCAAAAGGAUCAAAUGAAUGAUCGUCGAAUGAUGCUUGGGCUAAACGGAGCGAGGAUAAUAAUACACUAGCGUAGACGACGGACCGGCAUUACCAGCAUGCGUUCGAGAACUAUCUCUUGCGAGCACUGCCGCAUUAAGAAGACGACACACUAUUGCUGUUUUCGUCAAGGACUGCAGACUUGUUUUCAAGCAGACGAGAGUUGUUCGUUGAUUUCUGUUCCAGCACACAGAGUUCCUCUGUGGUGGAUAUUGUAUACAUGUAAAGCUUAAAAAUACCACUUUGAUGGACCACUGUGUUAUUUGUAAAGCAUGCUGCAGACUUUGUAAAUGUUGCAGGUAAAAGAGCUUAUUCUUUUUUGCAAAAUCAACAGUGUCACGGAGGGAGGGGGGAGAAGCGUGCAAUUCGGUGCAUGAUGUGAACCGUACACGUCGCGUAUGUCGAUUUAUUUUAAUAACUUUUUUGCCGUUUCUAUUACACUAACAUGUCCCAUUUUAUUGUUUUCAGUUUAUUGGUUCCCCUUUUUAACGAGCAGGAGCCAAGUGUUACCAAAAAUUAAAUGUAAUGUAUUUUUGUAUGUUGCUUCAAUGUUUACUGUGGAACGCAACAAAACGCAGGCUGCUGUGUAAGACCGUAAAAAAUUGCUGCUGUAAAUUCGGGACGUGGUUUUCUUCUUCUGCGAGUGGAUGCGGGCGAUGGGUGUAACAUAAAGUCUGCGUUCCGACCACACGUUUAAUGAGAUGCACACUUUUAACGACAUUUUCUACCAAACUAUAGGACGAUUUGCUGUAUGUCUUUUUUUCUAUGGGAAAUGCAAUGCUGUUGUGUAAAGUGUAGAAUAAAAGUAUACUGUCAU